UCGCGUUGCAGGGCGCAACGCGGAGUUUAUAUUUUAUCUGAACUGAACCACGCUAGAUAAUUAAUUUUUGAUCUAUUCUUGUUAUUUAAUCUAUAUUUCCCGAUAUUAUAUUUUUAGUUUCAUGGUACCUUUACAAAAUGCAAUAGCAAUUGCCGCGGACAAUCUAAGUUACUCUUGAGAAAUAUUUCUCAUGUCACUUGACAUAUAACGGCAUUUAUUAUAUCAGAGAAAGAGUUAUAUUUUGAUACAGUGCUUCUAAAUAUAACAUACGUUAUAUAUCAGAUGUUUUUUGAUCAAUGCAUCCAUAUUCUGCUUCGUAAAGUGGUAAAGAAUCAUCUAUUUCAGUUUUGUAUUAUUGUUGAUGAUAGUGAACUCGUUCAAGGUGCAAUUUAGCGAAAGCAAUACAAAAAAAUUCGCGGAUUCGUUGCAAAACAUUUUUCUUUGUUCAAAGAGCAGCAUGAAGGCUUUUAGUGUGGUAGUUUUUGCUGCGUGCUUAGUGCUUGGAUCAGCAAUAUCGUUUCGUUUUACCCCGAAUAUUCCAGCCUGUGAUGCUACUUACCCAAAUUACGAAAAUCCUGAGUAUUGCGCCGGACCUAAUCACAUCUGUAGACCCAGGGAAUGUCUAUUUACCAUAACCAAAGCAGUAGUGUCAUCCGACCCACCUAAACUUGUCUCGCUUUCGAAGCCACUGAAAAGAGUUGUCAAGGAAUGCAAGCAGCCUGGCAGAUCAUGCAGUGAAAGGGAUAAAUGUUCAUGUCAACACGAAUUUGACUGGGUCAUCAUAACGGGCACUAUUACUGUCUACCCAGGGCGGGGUAACAAUCUCAAACGGCCGAAAAGUUUGGAAAGAAAGUUACUUGCUCGUGUUCCGAGUGGUUGCAGAUGCGGCAUUGAUAAAGACCGCGGUCGUUGCCAGGGCUAGAGUACCGUAGACGAUUGAAAGAUCGAUUAUACAAUGAUGCUUUUCUUGAACAUUUUGCAUAAGUUUGUGUCUGAAACAUAUUAUUAAUUAUCAAGCAUUAUCAAUUUGUGUGACAGAAUUUCUGCGAUUGGGUGUCAUAUGACGACUUAUGGUCGCGCGUAGUUCCGAAUUAAA